UCAUAUUGAUCUUAUGUGCUUCUCACUGAGAGUACUCAGAAGCAGCGCCCCGGGCUGGAUGCGUCUGUGUUCCAGUCUGUCGAUGUCUUUUGUACAAGUAGUUGAGCUGUCUUUGUACGAGAUUUGUCGUUUUUAAUCAUGUGUUUGAAAAAUGCCAAGUUGCUUUGCGAAUGUUUUACAGUUCAGGACUCUUUGCCUUAUUGCUGAUGGUGCUGGAGUGGACCCAUCCCGGCCUGUCCUCCCCAUUACGCCCCAUCUGCGACCUGCGUGUCCUCGACCAUUUCAUCAAGGAGGCUUGGGAUGCUGAGGCUGCCAUGAAAGCUUGUGAGGAUGACUGCAGCAUUGCAACAAACCUCACUGUUCCUCUGACCAGAGUUGAUUUUGAUGUGUGGGAAGCUAUGAAUGUAGAGCAGCAAGCUCAGGAGGUCCUGUCAGGCUUGCAGUUGCUGUACCAGGCCAUCAGCUCAUUACAGGCAUCUAAUCAGACUGAUGUGCUACAAUCCCACAUAGAUGGGAGUAUUAGAAACAUUGCAAGCAUCAGACAGGUUCUGCGAAGUCUCAGCAUACCGGAAUUUGUGCCUCCAUAUAGUGGUGAAGAAGAAAAGGAGACCCAGAAAGUAUAUUCAAUCUCAGAGCUGUUUCAGGUCCACAUCAACUUCCUGCGGGGAAAGGUGCGUCUUUUGCUCGCCAAUGCACCUGUCUGCCAUCAAGGUGUCAGCUGAUAGAAACUUAAUGGCAAGGGCCAAACUAAUUUGGGCUCCUCAAACCAAGAGGCAGGAGAUGGACUAUAACUGAGAUUAACUUUUGCGGAAGGAUAGAGUCACAGAGGAUAUGUUGCCAAAGUAAGAAGAACUGACCAGUAGCUGAAUACUUUGAAAGAUUACAUCAUAAAGGGAAAAGAAGAGAGACAAACGUCUGUACUAAUCACACACUACAUCUUCCAGAAUGCUAAGUGCCCCCUAUGGUAGAGAUAAGACUUUCUUCUCUCAGAGUGUUAAGCAUUUGCAAACCGACUUGCAUUAACUGGCAAAAUCAAUGAAAAGGAAUAUGAAAAUGCAAGAAAUCACUCCAAUUUCCCCAUAUGACUGAUGCUCAGCACAACUGGGAAUGUUUAUCCCAGACUAUUUUAAAGUGGUUUUUUUUUUUAUCACUUAUUACAUUAUUGUCAUUAUUUAUACAGAUUGUAUAUUUCUGAGAGUUGGAAUCACUGGCUUUUGCAGGUUCUUCUCUGAAGUUAUUCAGGAGAAGAGCUCUGUUCCUCCAUCUAUCAUGGCCUCAAGCACCUCCAAACGUUGAAUUGUUGAUAGAGAAUACUUUUUUUUUAAUAUUAUGCACUAUGUUUUAUUUUAAUAUCAGUGUGUGUGUGAGAGAGUGAAUGCACAUUUGUAUGUGUGUGUGUGCCUUUGAGAAUGCUGCAGGGAAUGUUUAAGGGUCAAGGGAAAAAGUUGUAAUGCUGAAUUGUUACGGGUCAGUUGGGGUGAAAAGGAGGAAGGACUAGAUUGCUGCUUGUGUUGGGAGAAUUGGAAGCUUUCGUGAGAGCUAAUGAGGCUCUGUGUUAAUUAUCGCUGCUCACGUCUGAAUUACGUUGAAGAACAUGGUCUUGUGUGGAUAACAACAUUUCCAGGAAAAAUAUUGAUUAGUGUGUGUAAUGAACAUCCUGCCUCACUUCCACUUCACUCACGAUGCUGCAUAAUUGCCUUUGUGAUAUGACCAUAAUGAUGACAUUUGUUUAUCUUUUUCUGCUCUUUUUGUUGUUGUGGUAAUUCUUGUAUGUAAUACUUGUUAGUGUUAUGGCUAAAUACACUGUUUUUUUACUUCUGUCAAUCAGUCACUGCCUGAAUUCAACAAAAUAUGCUUGUAGUUGUUUUUUCCUGUUAGUUUGUUGUUGUGUGGUUCUUUACCCACGUCAUUUGAUAUUUAGUAUUAUUCAUA